AGCUCUCUCCUUCCUCUCUGUACACCAUGUGUUUACAACUCUGACAGAAAUGAGGCUUCUUUAAAAUACCUUCCUUCUACACCUGCAGACUAAAGGAUCUUACCACCAGAAUGUUCACAAAGCAUCACCUGUGACAGAAGUGUUGAUUUAAAGGAAUUACCUGUGUGACGCCAUGUCUUUUCUCAAAAUCCUGUGCUGUUUGCUGCUAACGUAUCACCUCAGUGAGGGGAAGAAAAUCAAAGAAAACAGAGCAGGUGCAGUGGACACAGAGCAGAGGGUAGUCUGGAGUAUGAAAGAGCCGUAUGUCAGCAGUUCGGUCUUCAGGAUGUUUUUAGAAGGUGAGGACAACUGCAUAGUGAACCCUCUGCAGCUGCACACUCUCACCUCCUGUGGCUUCAACAGCAGUAAUCCCCUCAUCAUCAUCACUCACGGGUGGUCGGUGGAUGGAAUGAUGGAGGGCUGGGUGUUCAGGUUAGCCACAACCCUGAAGACAAAUCUAAGAGACAUCAACGUGGUGAUUACCGACUGGCUGUCCCUGGCUCAACAGCACUAUGCCACAGCCGCACAGAGCACCCGCACUGUUGGAAAAGACAUAGCUCACCUGCUGCAGUCCCUUCAGAUACACUACCAGUACCCAGUUAGAAAGGUUCAUUUAAUUGGCUACAGCCUUGGCGCUCACAUCUCUGGAUUUGCUGGAAGCUAUCUGGAAGGUUCAGAGAAAAUUGGAAGAAUUACUGGUCUCGAUCCAGCGGGGCCACUUUUCGAAGGCAUGUCUCCCACAGACAGACUGUCCCCUGAUGAUGCUGAAUUUGUAGAUGCCAUCCACACCUUCACCCAGAAACAUUUGGGCCUCAGUGUGGGCAUCAAACAAGCUGUGGCACAUUAUGACUUUUACCCAAACGGAGGAGACUUCCAACCGGGAUGUCACCUGCAUAAUAUUUAUGAGCACAUAAGCCAGUAUGGACUCCUUGGUUUCGAGCAGACAGUAAAAUGUGCACAUGAGCGGUCCGUCCAUCUAUUCAUUGACUCUGUGCAGAAUAAAGACAAGCAGAGCAUGGCCUACAGGUGCAGUGACACAAGGGCUUUUGACAAAGGUGUCUGUCUGGACUGUCGGAAGAAUCGUUGCAACACACUGGGCUACAAUAUCAAGAAGGUUCGCAGUGGCACCAGCAAGAGACUCUACCUGAAAACACGCUCUUGGAUGCCUUACAAACUCUAUCAUUACCAGUUCAGGAUCCAGUUUGUCAACCAGAUGGAGGGGAUCGAGCCUCUUCUAACCAUCUCCCUCACUGGAACAAAGGAGGAGAGCGGAGAGCUACCCAUCACCGUCACUGAAAAGAUUUCAGGUAAUAAGACCUACACCUUCCUGAUCACCCUGGACAGAGACUUAGGGGAUCUGAUGUUGCUCAAAUUGCGCUGGGAGGGAUCCGCCCUGUGGAAGAAAGUGUGGAACCAGAUGCAGAACAUCAUUCCCUGGGGUGGCCGGGAGGGAAAACCACGGCUGACUGUGGGCAAGAUCAACGUCAAAGCAGGGGAGACGCAGGAGAGGACAUUUUUUUGUGCCACAAGAAAUGAUGGGAGGCAAGUUGAAGUGUCGCAGGAUAAAGUGUUUGUGCGCUGUAAAGAAGACACACCAAAACAGCACAGAAGACAGCACAACUAACAAAGUUGUUUGGGUUCCUAAAUCUGUUCAACGGAUUGAAGAUCUCUGAUGGUUGGCCUUGAAGUUCACAACUGGAUCAAAGUCUGUAAACUCCUCAAAGUGAAGGUGUACAGAUUUAGGCAAUUAAU